UUACCGAAAACUCCCGCCAGGGGGAGCGAGAGAGAGAGAUUGUGACUGACUUCUACCUUUCUAUCUUUUUCCACAGCCACCAGUCAUUACUUCGGGUCCAAAGACGAGAAUAGCUGUCAAGAACACAGCACAUUCUUCACCUACCCUUCAAACUAACUUAAGGGUCAUCAUUUAUUUGGCACAGCCCACCCCCCCCCCCUCCCAAAUCCGUCUAUCUUUUUAAUGCUUAUGCGAAUCUCUAAUGUGUUUUGAUAUGUUGUUCUAUGAACCAAAUUGUCUCGGAAUUAAGAUCUUAAGCCUCGUGUAAUAGAAGGAACCUUUGAUCCAAAACCCCAUAAAAUAGAAGAAACCAGUGGCACACCAGCCGUCGAAUCAAUAAUUGAAGAGCAGAUUGAUCACUUUUUAGUUGGGUCAAUUUUUUCUACAUAAACAACAUGGAAGGCUUUGCUAACGGCAGAGUGGAUGAUACCCAGGGAGCAAUUCCAGAAGAGGUGUCUAGUCUUGAGGUUGGUUGGGCUGAUGGGGAGACCAAACAUGACGAUGUUCCCUUCGAUACAAGCGUCGAGGUCGAGAAUUCCGAGCAUAUGAAGCAAACCCAUGUUGCUGAUGAUUCCAAUUCCAGUAAUAUCAGUCCCAACGUGGGGUCUCAAAUCAUUGAGAAGAGUUCCCAUGCGCUGGAUCUAGAAAAAUUGGAGGAGGUUUCUGAUUCGGAUCUUAAUAAUAAUACUGCUCCUGCCGAUUCAUUUGAGCCUCAUAUGCUUGGUGAAUGGAGUCAAGUUGUAGAAGCCUCAGUUGAGAACUCAGGCAGUUCUGACGUUGCUGAAUUGGUAGUGAAGGAGGUCGAUGAGAAAGUAUUUCGACCAUCCUCAGAUGAGAAUAGCGGGCUUUCCCCGGUUGUCACAGAGAAGGUUACAGAAGUGGUCAACUUAGCCGAGGAUAGGUUGUUGUCUCCAAAGUCAAAUGGGAACUCGCAUGUGGUUUCUGAUGUUACUGAACUGGAACCCAAGGAGGUGGAGGAGAGUGUUUUGCCAUCCCCGAACGGGAACAGUGGAUUCUCUCCGGUUGCAGCGGAUUUGGUAUCAAAAGAAGUUGGAGACAAAGUUUUGCCAUCCCCGGAUGAGAACAAUGAAUUUUCUCCAGGCGCAUCGGAACUGAUAUCAAAGGAACUCAAUCCAAUUGAGAAAAGUACCUUGCCGGCCUCAGAUGAGAAGAGUACAGUCGAAUCAUCAGACCUUGUUGCGCCGGCACCAACGGAGACUGUGGAUAACUCGUUACAGCAAGCAGAUAUUCCUGGCGUUCAAAACAGUAACGAUGGUGGCGAACAGAGUAGCGAGUCCCAGAUUCCUGAAAGUACUGAAUAUCAGCCUAUUAUUACUGUGACUCCAAGCACCAUUCAACCAUCUUCCUGGAGGAGUUGCUGUGGAUUGUUUGACGUUCUACGGCGCUCGAAUUGAUAAUCAUAGGUGAAGAUCUAUUUAUAUGAUCGAAUCCUAAUCUUGAGUCAUGCCCCUUUUUUCCCGGAGGAGUGUUCCGUAAUGCUUGUUUCGGUUUGAAGAUCUACUAUCAUCUUUGAUUGAUUCUGGAAAGUAUCUAAUUUGUUGCUCAGAUUUCUCAAAUAUUUUGUUUUAAAACUUUUGUCAUGUGCUCAUGCAUGUAGCAAGAUCAAAGUUUAGCUGAAUUAGUUGGAGAUACUAUCCUCAUAAAGUAUUGGUUUUUUUUUUUUCCUGGGUGGGGGGCGGGGGUUGCUGACCGGAGGCUUCUAAUGAAUAUUUCUUAUUACCUUUUGAAA